GCCAAGUACUUAUUCAGGAUGACACAGCAAAGCCCCAGGCCAUGGCUAACAGGACCUGGAGCUUCCUCCUGCCUGAACAGCUCCUUCGCCAAGACCUGGGCAGUCUGAACUUGGAAGAACGCAAGCCAUGGGCAGGAGCAAACAUCAAAGAAUCCAGCGCCUUGGGGAAGACCGUUCUGCUCCGCGAGGGAAACAGAGCCGUUGACCAUGGUUGCAACGGGCAGUUUGAGCAGUAAGAACCCGGCCAGCAUUUCAGAGUUGCUGGACGGUGGCUAUCACCCUGGGAGUCUGCUAAGUGAUUUCGACUACUGGGAUUAUGUUGUCCCUGAGCCCAACCUCAACGAGGUGGUAUUUGAAGAGACCACGUGCCAGAAUUUGGUUAAGAUGUUGGAAAACUGUCUAUCCAAAUCAAAGCAAACCAAACUGGGUUGCUCCAAGGUCUUGGUCCCUGAGAAACUGACCCAGAGAAUUGCUCAAGAUGUCCUGCGGCUCUCCUCCACGGAGCCCUGCGGUCUUCGGGGUUGUGUGAUGCACGUGAACUUGGAAAUUGAAAAUGUGUGUAAAAAGCUCGAUCGGAUCGUGUGUGAUGCUAGCGUGGUGCCCACCUUCGAGCUGACACUCGUGUUCAAGCAGGAGAACUGCUCGUGGACCAGCCUCAGGGACUUCUUCUUCAGCAGAGGUCGCUUCUCGCCGGGCCUUAGACGAACUCUGAUCCUAAGCUCGGGAUUUAGGCUCGUUAAGAAAAAACUGUACUCUCUGAUUGGAACGACGGUCAUUGAAGAGUGCUAAGGAGGAAAAGCAAUUAAAGGUUCCUAAUGAGUGGAUAAUAAACCUCUAAAGCUAUUCAGUCAGUCAUUUGUGGUUUGCCUGCCUGCCCUCACCAAGAACUCCCAGAUCUAGGCCAUCUUCCUUCUGUGUCUCUCGCCCAUAGCAACCUACUUCAAAGGCUGAUUUUUUUUUUUUUUUUGGCUUUUAA